GGCGGGGCCGGCGGCCCUGAGGGAGCCGGAGCGGACCGGGAGCGGAGCCGGAGCAGUCGGCGGCGAUGUCGGUGCAGGUGGCGGUGGCCGCGCCCGCCGUGGAGCUGAAGGAGCUCGGCGGCCCCAUGGACAAGGCGGCGGGGCCGCCGUGCGAGCCUGUGGGCGCUCACGCAGCGGGGCACGGCGUGGCGGCGGCGGCGCCCGCCUGCCCCGUGCCGGGCGCCGAGCGUGAGGCGGCCCCGGCCCCCUCCGCCGAGCGGCCUCCGGGGGGCGGCUGCCCCGGGCUGUCCUCGGCCUCCGGGCUGUCCUCGGCCGCCGGCAAGGUGCCGCAGGCUUCGGCCAUGAAGAGGAGCGACCCGCACCACCCCCAGCAGCCCCGGCACCGCGACGGCAGCGACAGCAGCGGCAGCGCGGCCGAGGCGCUCGUGAGCCCCGACGGCACCGUCACCGAGGCGCCGCGCACCGUCAAGAAGAUCCAGUUUGCUGACCAAAAGCAGGAGUUCAACAAGCGCCCGAGCAAGAUCGGCCGCCGGUCGCUGUCCCGCUCCAUCUCGCAGUCCUCGACAGACAGCUACAGCUCAGCUGCCUCCUGCACGGACAGCUCCGACGAUGAGACCUCGCCGAGGGACAAGCAGCAGAAGAACUCCAAGGGCAGCUUCGACUUCUGCGUCAAGAACAUCAAACAGGCCGAGUUCGGGCGCCGCGAGAUCGAGAUCGCCGAGCAGGAGAUGCCGGCGCUGAUGGCUCUGAGGAAGAGAGCUCAGGGGGAGAAGCCCCUGGCUGGGGCCAAGAUCGUGGGCUGCACUCACAUCACAGCACAGACAGCG